AGGGCCGUGUGACAGAACAGGUCUACACUUCUUACAGUCUAGUACCGGGGAAAAUCUGAGGAAUCUUAGCGAUUGAAUCUUAGGGCUGAGACAAAUUCUUAGGCGCAAAUCCCGCCGAGGCGUUUCUUAAGUUCUACGCGUCAAAUUAAGCCGUGCGAGGGACUAAAAUUUGAGUAGAAUGUUGGCGACGUGACCGAUCGUUUUGGCACAGACUGGGCGAGGGAAAACAGGUGGGACGGGACGGAACGCCUGCUGUGAUUGGUGCGACCUACCGACGCCGUGUGAAACGAAGGCCGUGAUUGGCUGAAGCCGGUGUAACGGGACCGGUAGAAGAAAAGUGACUGAGACCGCACCCGACUAGUCAUUUGUUCGGUACCACCAGCGAUGCCGCCCCGGGGCGUUCUGCGCUACAUAGCGGUGUGUGUAGGCUCCAUUUUCUUACUGAGCCUUCUAGCAAUGCUGCACAGAGUACACGACAGAGAGAAGGUGACAAAGAAAAGCGGAAAAUCCACGCUCAGAGAAGACGCAUUGAGACAAAUCACCAAAGAAGACAGGAAAUUAGAUCAGAGGCAUCUCUACCUGGGAGACAGCGAUGACCUUGCAGUGCAAUCCGCCUUCAACGUCUCGGACUUUGAUGAAGACCAGGAAGAGUCCCUGAUGACCAAUCAGAACGUGUCGUUAUACGACCCCUUUGACGAGACAGUGACCAGCGAAGGUUUGCUGGUCACCAAAAUCCCCAAACAGCCUCCCUGGACUCUCAACAUGACUGAGGUGGCCAUGGCAAAGAAGGGCCUUCGGAAGUACUUCAACGUGGUGAAAAGAAUAAGUCUGACCAAGAAGGACGUCCAGCCAGGGACCAUCAUGCACUUUGACCAGUCUCCGGAGAACUAUGUCUUCUCCAUCUCACCAAUGUUGUACGACCUCUUGCCAGAGAGAUCCCCGCUGCAGGGCAUGCACCAUCGGAAGUGCGCUGUCAUCGGGAACAGCGGGAUUCUCCUGGACAGCGGCUGUGGCAAUGAGAUCGACAAGGCUGACUUCGUGUUCCGCUGCAACUUCGCUCCGACAAAAGGCUACGAGAGAGACGUGGGCACCAAGACCAACUUUACCACUUUCAACGGGAGCAUUCUGCAAUACAGAUUCAAGUACCUUGCCACUGAAAAGGACAGGCGAAAGUUCCUGAGGUUUGUUCAGGCCUUGGGCGACGCGAUCUUCUGGAUGCCGGUCUUCACGUACCAUACCAACGCCAUCCCCGCACGCAUACUCACCGACUUCUUCUGGGAGAACCGCAACAAGACCAACGUCAAGCUGGCAUGGCUCGGCAACGCACUGAAAUGGAUCAAUGGCUACUGGAGAGUGAAACACCAGUUCAAAGCCUACCGCCUGACGUCCGGUGUGUUUAUGUACACCGUAGCCCAGGCGAUCUGCGACGAGAUCCAUCUCUACGGCUUCUACCCCUUCCAAGAAGACGAGGAGGGACACCCCAUCCCCUACCACUACUAUGAACCCAAGGAGGUUAACCAGACCUACAGCAGGGUUCACAAAAUGGACGCAGAGAACCUGGUCCUCAGAAGCCUCCACACCAAAGGUGUCCUAAAGCUGACCACGAGAAAGUGCGACCCGCAAGGGUCCUGGGAUAUCGACAACUACGAAAAAGUGGCGCCAUUUCCGUACAGAAUACCCCCAAAGAUAAGGACGAAUCUAUAGUCUUAGAGUUAUUUUGAGAUAGCCUCUGCCAGGCUUCAGAAACGGCUGGAAAGAGUAAAAAUUGGUCAAAGGGACA